AGGGCUCAUUCAGGCUUUAUUUAAAUCAAGAAAGCAGAGAGUGGCAGAGACCGCAAAGCAGGAACACUAUGAGUACUGCAGGCAAAGUCAUUAAAUGCAAAGCAGCCAUUGCUUGGGAAAUUAAGAAACCCCUAUCUAUUGAACAAAUUGAAGUAGCUCCCCCAAAAGCUCAUGAAGUUCGCAUUAAGAUUUUGGCUACAGGGAUAUGUCGCUCAGAUGACCAUGUGAUCAGUGGUGCCUUUGCCAUGCCUUUGCCAAUGAUUUUGGGUCAUGAAGCAGCUGGCGUUGUGGAGAGUGUUGGAGAAGGAGUGACAUGUGUGAAACCAGGAGACAAAGUAAUUCCACUUUUUGUUCCACAGUGUGGAAAAUGCAGUUCUUGCCGAAGUACCAGAGGCAACCUGUGUUCCUCAAAUGAUCUGAGUGAACCCAGGGGUUUAAUGCCUGAUGGCACCUCUAGGUUCACUUGCAAAGGGAAGAACCUCUACCACUUCAUCAGUACCAGCACCUUUACUGAAUACACCGUGGUGCAUGAGAACUCCGUGGUCAAAAUUGAUGCUGCCGCCCCAUUGGAAAAAGUCUGUCUGAUUGGCUGUGGGUUUUCUACUGGUUAUGGAGCAGCCGUUAAAACAGCCCAGGUGGAACCUGGGUCUACCUGUGCAGUCUUCGGCUUGGGAGGAGUUGGCCUCUCAGCGGUCAUGGGCUGUAAAGCGGCUGGGGCUUCCCGUAUCAUUGGAGUUGACAUCAACAAGGAUAAGUUUCCCAAAGCGAAAGAAAUGGGAGCCACCGAAUGUGUCAACCCGCUGGAUUACAAGAAGCCUAUCAACGAAGUGUUGUUCGACUUGACAGACGGAGAGGGUGUAGACUAUUCAUUCGAAGUGAUUGGGCGCGUAGAUACCAUGACUGCUGCCCUGUCUUCCUGUCACUGCAACUUUGGGACCAGUGUGAUUGUGGGAGUACCUCCUUCAGCAUCUGAAAUUGCUUUUGAUCCAUUGUUGCUUUUCACAGGUCGUACCUGGAAAGGAUCUGUGUUUGGAGGCUGGAAAAGCAAAGAUGCUGUUCCUAGACUGGUUUCCGAUUUCAUGGGGAAGAAAUUCAUUCUUGAUCCAUUGAUAACUCACACGAUGCCUUUUGAGAAAAUCAAUGAAGGAUUUGAUCUGCUCCGGUCAGGAAAAAGCAUUCGCACUGUCUUGACCUUUUAAGAUUUUGGAGCGAGAAAAAAGAUGACGGAAUAAUCACCGAAGUCCGAAGCACCAGAACUGCAACCUUUAUAAUCAGUAGUAUUCAUGGCUGUUAUUGUUUCUUUCUUUCUCUUCUUCUACCCUCAUGUUUACAUGAAGAACCAAAUGGAAGAAUGUCUCUUGUCAUGACGUUCAGCAUUGACCAGAUGAUGGCAAAAGGCCAUCUCUUUCUGCCAAAAAAUUAUCUUGUUUUGCUGAAAUAUUUUCUGCACAAUGAUCUCUCUUUGUUUCCAAAUAAAGCUACUGAAAUCACAGUU